GCCUCUGCCGAGUUUCCCGAAAACACGCUGCGCUCCUUUGAGCAGGCCAUCAAGGACGGCUCGGAGGGCAUCGAGAGCGACGUCCACAUUACGGCCGACGAUGUGAUUGUCAUGUUCCACGACACGACGCUGGACCGCACGACCAACGGCAAGGGACUGAUCACGGCGCGCAACUACUUCGGCGCCGACGGCCUCGAGCAUGUGCGCACGCUCAAGGAGCCCGUGCAGCAGAUCCCGACGUUCAAGGAGCUGUGCACGCUGCUGAUGGAGCCGGAGAACCGCCACGUCUCGCUGAACGUCGACAUCAAGCCGAACAACGACCCUGAGCGCCUAUUCCGCAUCAUGGGCGAGGUCGUGCACCAGUUCCCGAACUACGAGAACGACCUCGCGCCGCGCCUGAUCCUCGGCCUGUGGCACCCCAAGUUCAUUCAGCCGGCCAAGCACCACGUGCCUAUGCUGCGCCGCGCACACAUCGGUGCGUCGCCCGCGGACGCCGUCAAGUACUUCUGGAACGACUGCGACGCGUUCUCGAUUCGUUUCCCCUCACUUGUGGGUGCCGAGGGCCAGGCGUUCCUGCGAAAGGCCCGCGAGGCCAACAAGGACGUGAUGGUGUGGACAGUCAACCGCAAGGACGAAAUGGUCGAGGCUGCGCGGUACGGCGUCAAGGCGAUUCUGACGGACUACACCGCCGACCUGCACAAGCUGCGCGACGAAAUGAAGGGUACGUCCGCAUACUCACCCAGUCGACUUCGACGCGGUCCACCGCCAGAACGUCAGUCCCUGGUUCUCUUGGGCAUCACUGCGCUACUACGCACCCGCCGUCGCGCCUGCCGCUUCGAGGUCGAGCGCCACGCAGGCGAGUCGUUCGACGGCGCGCGCCUGGCAUAA